AUGUCCUCCACCUUUCCUCCCGGUCGGUGCUUCGUAGCUAACCCUACCUUCAGCAUCAGCGAUGCUCUCCCGGCUACUGCUCGUGACUUGUGCGACGCUCUGGCUCGCCUCCUGCUCAACCCCGAUGCGGCCAGCGCAGGCAACGUCUUCUCGUCGGUGGCGCACAUGAACGACCUCAUAUUCCUGGAGCGCAGGCUCGUCGACAAGCUCGGUGACUUCCUGCACCGCAUGGAAACCAAGCUGGCCUACCUGCGCAGCUUUCUGAACGACUACUACGAGACCAAGGCGUGGAAAGACCGUCAGCUGACACUUUCUGCAGUCGAGCAUGAGUACGACAACCGCACAGCCAGCCCCAUCGAUGCGUACAACGCCAUUAAGCGGCUGUCGGUUGACUGGAACAAAAUAGUGCACCAUUUCAGGGAGCCUGACUGGAUGGAGAUCGAGAAUCUGAUGGUGGAGUCAAACGACACGUUCCCACAUCCGAGCGACCUGUUGGAUGCCGGCGAGGCGCUCACCGUCAUCCAGAAGACGUACCGUCUCAACAUCACCGACAUGGCCAAGGGAGUCAUAAAGGGCCACAAGGCGAAGGCGCAGUUGACAGCGCGAGACUGUCUGUACUUCGGAGAGCUGCUGUACAACCAGCAUGAAUUUGAGCCCGCCAUCAAGUGGUUCGAAGAGGCACUCGCGAGGUAUAGCCUCGAGAAGCGGCCGUCCUUCACGCCAGAAACGGUGCACCGUUACAUCAACAGCAGUCUCCAGCAGGUAGGCCCCAUUCAAUAAAUGACUCUAACUGUGCUCGCAUUCUCAAGGAACACAACGCCGUUACGUCGUAAAAGAUCCUGUGGCAAAAAAAAAUAAUUAAUGAUAAAUUUAGGGAUAAACAUGCACACACAAAAACAAAUGUUGGAAUGUGACUCAACCUCCCAUUAGAGUCGAUAAAACCCAGUCUUCCUUAGCCAGCUGGGGUUUAGAAAGGGAUGUAUAAACAAUAUCAAUUCAUUGUGAGAGGCCCGCAGCUUCCCAAACAACAGCGUCUGCGUCUUUGACCAGAGACACAGCGUCUC